CUACAGCUGCUAGUUUAUAUACUUGGCCAACAGCAGAAAGCAUGAUGCGCUUAGCUCGUAGAUCAUCAUUUCCUACAUUACCACAAAAUUUAAACGAACUAUCUAUAAAAUUUGAAAAUAAUGAUUUACCAAGGUAUACUUGUUGUAAUAGUUCCAUUUUUAAGGGAUGUGUAACUGAUAAUGAUGGAAAGUCCAGCAUAAUAUUUGGGUGUAAUAAUUUAAUUGAGCACGUUUUAGCAAACGGUAUUACAGAAAUGCAUGUGGAUGCUACUUUUAAAGUUGUGCCGAAUAAUACAGGACAACAACUUUUGACACUUCACUGUAUGAUUGACAAUUAUUCUAUACCUGUAGCAUAUUCUUUGAUGGAAGCAAAAACUAGAAAUGCAUAUCUUUGUGUUUUCAAUUUUAUGAAACAAAAUAUGUUUCCUAGUCUACAACCUGAAGUUAUAAUGACAGAUUUUGAAACAGCACUAAGGGAUUCUCUUACCAAUUCAUUUGGUGGUUCACAAACCAGAGUAGUUGGUUGCUGGUUUCAUUAUAACCAGGCUAUCUGGAAAAAAAUGAAAGCUUUGGGAUUCCUUCAUUUGGUUAAUGCCAACAAUCAUGCAUUAAAAACUUUAAAAAUGCUUAUGUGUUUGCCACUUUUGCAACAUAACGAAAUUGUACUAGNUGCUUAUGUGUUUGCCACUUUUGCAACAUAA